AUGGGGAACCACACUGCAGUCACAGAGUUCAUCUUGCUGGGCCUCUCAAGUGCCUGUGAGCUGCAGAUGCUCAUCUUCCUGGGGCUCCUCCUCACCUACAGCCUCACACUGCUGGGGAACCUCCUCAUCAUAGUCAUCACCCUCUUGGACAGGCGCCUCCACACCCCCAUGUACUACUUCCUCCGCAACUUUGCUGUCCUUGAGAUCUGGUUCACCUCAGUCAUCUUCCCCAAGAUGCUGACCAACAUCCUCAUGGGACACAGGACCAUCUCCUUAGUAGGUUGCUUCCUACAAAGCUUCCUCUAUUUCUUCCUAGGCACCACAGAGUUCUUCCUACUGGCAGUGAUGUCCUUUGACAGGUAUGUGGCCAUCUGUAACCCUUUGCGCUAUGCUACCAUCAUGAGCAAAAGGCUGUGUGGCAAGCUGGUGCUCUCUUCAUGGAUGACAGGAUUGUUCCUCAUCUUGGUUCCAAGUUUCAUCGUUUUUCAGCAGCCCUUCUGUGGCCCCAAUAUCAUUAACCAUUUCUUCUGUGACAGCAUGCCACUGCUGGAGCUCAUAUGUGCAGAUACAAGUCUGAUGGAGCUCCUGAGUUUUGUUAUAGCCAACUUCAGCCUCCUGGGCACUCUGGCUGUCACGGCCACUUGCUAUGGCCACAUUCUCCACACCAUCCUGCAGAUCCCCUCCACCAAGGAGAGGCAGAAAGCCUUCUCCACCUGCUCCUCCCACAUCACUGUGGUAUCUCUCUUCUAUGGCAGCUGCAUCUUCAUGUAUAUCCGAUCAGGCAAGGGUGAGCAGGGUGAGGACCAGAACAAGGUGGUGGCGUUACUCAACACAGUGGUGACCCCAGUGCUCAACCCCUUCAUCUACACCCUGAGGAACAAACAGGUGAAGCAGGUAUUCAGGGAGCAAGUGAGCAAGCUCCUCUCACAAAGUUGA